AUGUCUAUUGAAUCGGAUAAGUAUUCUUCCAAUUUUUCCAAUGGAAUAUCAAAUAAUUGCAAUUCUGCCUCUCAUCAAUCAAUUCAAUAUCCAGAUGAGCCAUCUGAAGGGAUAAGAGCUUGCAUACUUGGGCGUGAACGCAUUUCUAAAUUAUUUUCAUCUCCAGAUUUUGCUAAAACUAUUGUUGAUUGUUUUGUUCGAGUUGUUGAUCAAAGUAGUAAUGGAGACAUUAAAAAGUAUAAGAUUGCACGUGUUGUCUCUGUUUUGGAUAAUCUUGAUCAUGGAUGUUAUGGUGAAAAUAAAGGGAAAUUGCUACAAUUAGAUGAUAAAACGGAAAUUGAUUUAGAUGUAAUUUCUGAAGAUCAGGCAGAAGAGCUUGAAAUUCAACAAUGGUUAAUGAGUUUGAUAAGAAAGAAUAAGCCAACACCUUCAAUUGAUCAACUUAUAAAUAAAAUUACUGAAAUUUCUUCUGCUCUUUCUUGGCCAUUUUCUCCUGACGAAAGACAAACAGAGCCUGAUUAUCAUUCCAUAAAUGAAGGAAUUAAUUUGGUUGAGAGUAUUAUUGAAUCAGAAGUUACGGAUGUUCAACAUGUUUUAAGUGGUGUUGUUGAAUCUGUAGAAAGUGAGGAAAUUAAUGAAUACCUUAUAGAUCAAGAAAUAACUGAAAAUUUGGAAAUUAGUGAAAUGGCUGCAGAACAGAUUUUUAAUGAACCUGAAGAACCAGACAUUAUAAUACAUGAACCAGACAUUGGAAUUCUUGAACCAGACAUUGAAAUGAAUAUUGACAAUAUUCCUAGUGAAUUCAAUCAAAUAUUUGAUAAUAAUGAAGGUGUUCAGCAUUCCGACAAUCAAUCUAACCAGGCUUUUAUUAAUUCUGAUACUUUAAUUGGUGGAUAUCAAACUGAGGAUGGAAGAUUCAAAAUUUGUAUUGCUGAUGAUGAUGGUAUUAUUGGAAGUGUUAUGUCUCCUAAUAAGCAAAGAGCGAAAGAAAAAAAUCCUAUUGAAUAUAUUGAAUAUUUGGAUGAUAUUUUGCCAAUUAUUUUAUCAAAAACAUUUAUUAUACAAACUAUGCACUCCGCUGAAUUUAAUCAGUUGGUUACUGAUUGUUUUGUUUUUGUUAAAUAUGACAAAGAUUCAAAUGAAAAUGAAGGAACGAGUAAAGAAUCGACAAAUAAAGAAGAAUAUAAACUGGCAAAAAUUUGUAAAGUUGAGGAUACUGAAAUUGUUUAUCGUUAUGAAGAUUUAUUUUUCCAAAAAAGAAUUUUAUUGGAUUCUAAUGAUGAUCUCUUUGAAUUGACUUUAAAUAAUGUUUUGGAUCAACAGCCGACAAAUGAAGAAUUUAAAAAAUGGGUUUUGGCUAUAAGUACUAAAGCAAAGAAAUCAAUUAAGGUUAAUAAAAUUGUACCAACUUUACAAUUUGUUAUAUCAAAACAUGUCAAAAUUGAUAGUUGCCGAACAAAUUCUUUGCUAGAGAAAAAUCUUAAACUUUAUGAAUUAGCCAAUAAAGAAGCUUCUAUUAUUUACGAAAAACAAAAUAAGGUAAAUAAAAAUAUAAGUAUUUGUCUAUUAAUUUUAAAUAUUUUUUUGAAGAUAACUACAUAUAAUGAAUUACUUCAAAUUUUCUUGAAGCGUUCAGAAAUUCUUAAAAUAGUUCGCCAUCAAAGUUUUUCAAAAACAAUUAUUGGAACCUUUGUUAGAUUUCUCUAUAAUUUACCUAAUGUUACUAGAAGUGAACAUUCUCAAGCUCAAGACAGUUUAAGAUAUAAGAUUGUGCAAAUUGUCGGUGUUCAUAAAUGUGAAUUUCCAUAUCCUGUUGGACGUUUUUCAGUCGAUAAAGAACUUAAAAUUGAAUGGGAUAGAGUUAUUGUACAUUGUAAAAUUUCUUCAAUUUCUGAUACAAUUCCAACGCAAAAAGAGUUUGAUAAUUGGAUGACUGCUAUUGAAAACAAACAUUCAGAAUCAACAAUUCCUUCUAUUCAUUUUCUUAAGUCAAAAAGUGUGGCAAUUAAAAAUGCUCUUGAUUUAGAAAAAGAAGAACACAUUAAUGUACUUAAAACUCCGGAAACAAACAAAAAUACAAACUAUUUUGAGAUGUCAACAUCAAUUGUAGCCGAAUCACAUUCUCAAACAAAAAACACUGUACAGACACCCGAACCGAUUACAACUAAAUCAAAUAUUUCCUCUUCAACACCAACUUUUGCCCGUCCUUCUGUUUCGACACCAGCAAUUGCUACAGACAUUCCAACAACAAGUUCUGGACACAAACUUAAAGGAUUUGGAAUUUUUAAGCAUUUAAGAAAUGGUUUAAGUGAAGGUCCACAAUUAAGGAAGAAGGAAACGCCGGCAUUGAAAGCUCUUCCUCUUUUAAGAAAAACUGCAAAGAAAGCACAGCCAAAAAUGCAAGCUCCAGUCAGAAAUUUCUAUAAUCAAUUAACGCAAAAAGAUAAAGAAAUUCUGCUUAAAAAUGGAUUUAAAGGGGCUGUAAAUGUUCGGAUUAACAAGAGAGAAUUUGAUAAAUCAAUGGAAUUUGCCAAUUGUUUUGAAUUUACAAGGAAGAAUAAAAAUGUGGAUAGUAAAUUAUUGUCAAAUACUUUGGAGAGAUUACAAACCCCAGCAAACAGAAAAAGACCUCGUUCACCACCAAUUUCAUCUAAUGAUAAUUUGAGUAGUUCGACGGAAGCUUCUAUUGGUGCAUGCGCAAAUAUUAGUGUUGGGGAACCAAUUUCAAUUAGCAAAAAUGUUGGAGUUUUGCAAAAUGAAAAUCCUCCCUCUGAAAUUCAACAGCCACAACAAAAAAUUAAAAAGCAAGAUUCUCUCACUACAUUGCCUGCUCAAAUUAAUAAAUUAAAAGUGGAAAUUAUUGAAGUUGAUGAAGUGAAUAAAUGAAUUAUUUUUAGGACUUAAAAGAUUAUUGACAUCCAUCAAAAUUUGUUUACCUUUGUUUUGAUCUGAUUUUAAUAGAGUUUGGAAACAAAAUAAUUUUGUGAAUUUUUGGUAA